AUGCCAUUGGUGGAUCCAUGGAUUGAACCGGGUUUGGCACCAACCCCGUCCGUGUCUCUUGAACACCCAGGACACCUGAGGAGGGCAGGCUUCUCUCUCUCCAGGGCUAUCCAUGAUCAUCGUUCAUUUGAAGCGACUGGGAUAAUAUCCACCCUCAUCUAUCUUACUUUGCGCUUCAGUGGCCUCGUUGCCCAGUGUUUACACCUUCCUAGUCCCGAACCCUACCUAACGGACAUCGGGAUGAAUCCCGCUCGACAUCCGGCAGGGACCCCUGCACCGUAUGGCCAUGCGUGCCAGAACUGUGCACGUGCCAAGUGCAGUUGUACUCGGCUUGAACCGGGCGGUGCCUGUGAAAGAUGCAAACGUCUAAAGAAAGACUGCCAGCCGGCGCCGAGAGUCCGGAGGCCCAACCAGCGUUCAUCGGCUGCCAAAAUCGCCAAACUUGAGGCUAAGGUGGAUCAUGUUCUGGCUACUUUGCCUACGCUUCAAGGAAGUACAGCCCCGGGACUGCCGAAUUGGGAUCCUACGGCUCUUGCGCAGACCCAAUAUGAUGGCUUCGACCAGUCUAAGUUAGGAGCGGCUCCAACUCCCACAAGCAUAUCAUCUUCCUCUACUGGCAACAAAGAGAUAUUCGCAGCACCUUUUCUACCUGCCCGCAAUGAAGUCUUGUCGCUGCUGUACGUCCCACCCGCCAUGGCCCAGGAAUACCUCGAUCAGUUCCGCACCCAUCACCUGCAAUAUCUCCCCUUCGCCUACAUCCCACCCGACAUGACCUCUGAUCAACUUCAGGAUAAGUUGCCGUUCUUUUGGGUUUGCAUCAUGGAAGUGCUUACUCCACUAGACGCGGGCAAGGGAGAUUGCUUCGGAAGAAUCGCCAAAUACAUUCACCAGAGAGUCAUGGUCGAUGCCGCACCCAGUAUGGAUCUUCUUCUUGGGAUGAUGACCUUCAUAUCAUGGGGUGCAUACUCGAAGAAGCCUUUCCUAAACUCCUAUGUCCACAUGCUGAUGGGGUUGGUCGCUGAACUUGGGAUCAAUCAGUCAGCGUCGGGGUCAAAUUCUAUCAUGCAGGAUUUCAAGUUUGCCAUCGGCAUGAAGCGAAAUGAAUCCGGGAUCAGGACACUUGAAGAGCGGCGAGCCGUGUUGGGCUGCUUCUUGAUAUCAUCCAGUACUGCAAUUUCUUUGUCUCGGAUUGACGCCAUGCGGUGGACACCACACAUGGAAGAAAGUCUGUCAGUACUCACCGAGGCGAAAGAGUGCUUAGAAGAUGAGAUUCUGGUGGCGAUGGUCAAGAUUUACUUGGUCCUGGACAGAAUGUAUCAUGUUCGACGUGAUGGCGAAACCAUCAACCCCCCUUCCUUCUAUUUGAAAACGUUCCAAAUGCAACUCGACGCCGUGAAGCAGGAAAUUCCAGGCAAUGUUCAGCUUCACAGGGCCAUACAGUUGUACUUUUACAGUGCCGAGUUUACAAUCAAUGAGCUCGCACUCGACCCCUCCGUUACCCCCCAUCUACCUGAUCUCGAACGCAUCGAGAGGCUCUAUGCCUCUCUCCUAGCAACGCAAUCCUGGCUAGAUGUCUGGCUAGAUUUGAAGGCAGUUGAGUACAUGCAAGUGUCCUCAGUUGUCUUCUUCCAGUGGGCCCGAGCCAUUCUCAAUCUCUACAGGUUGACCACACUGGAAGAUCCCGCCUGGAGCAAGUCUUUUGUUCAAGAAACGGCCAACAUUCUCGACUUCUUGAACAGCGCCAUAGCAGCGGUCAAAGAGUACCCGGAAUACCUCCAUUCCGAAGAAGGACGAGAUAUCAAUCUGCUCGAGAAGGGACUUAAAAUGAUGGAAGCAUUGAAGUCCAACUGGGAGCCAAAAUUGUUCGAUCUCUGGGGAAUGUCUAUGCCUGCGAACGAAAUUGACGAGAACUUGAUCCAGCCCAAUGCACUGCCUCCUGGUUAUUUGCACCCGAUUGACGAAGCCUGGAUGAUGGAAUUCCUCGGAGCUACCUGA